AUGGAGCUCCGGAACCUGUUCUUUCUGGUGGUCAGUCUAUUCAGUCUAAGCGCAAACGCGCAAUUCGGCUUCUUCGACCAGAUGUUCGGCGGCGGCGGCGGCGCCCAGCAACAAGCGCAGCAGCAGAACGUUCGCAGCGACGCGGCGUGGUACCAGCAGCAGUAUGAGGGCGCACACUGCGACAAGUACCUCUGCCCCGGCACCCUGUCCUGCGUCCACUUCCCGCACCACUGCCCCUGCGCCUGGGAGUCCGUGGAGGAUAAAGUCGAGCUGGGCGAGGGGAUUGCCGUGUGUGCGAGCAAGGGCGGGUAUAAGGAGGGGGAGACGAUGCGGAAGAUUCAGUGGGCGCGGAAGGGGCUGCUGUGA